UGGAGCAAGUCAGCCGUUGACUAAACGACAACUCUCCCAUGGUAUGGUACCACUUGGCUGCUGGCCGUGCACGCUACAAUGUGCUUCCAUCUAAAAGCAAUCGCCUUUUUUGGCUUUCUAUAUUCCCUUCGCCAAAUUUACAAUCCCUCUUGAUUGGUUUUCUGUAUUCUCCUGCAUAAAACAAUCUCUCUGACUUUCCCAUUGAUUAUUUUUAUUUUCUCCUUUUGCUCUGUAUUUUAUCAAGAAAGGUCAAGUUGCCUUUGCUGGGGAAGAUGGUUCAAAUGAAGGAGUUCCGAAUUGUUAUGCCCAUGUCGUUGGAAGAGUAUCAGAUAGCCCAGAUGUACAUGGUUAUGAAGAUGCAGCGGCAGAACACAACUGGCAGUGAGGGUGUGGAAAUCUUGGAGAACAGACCAUUUGAAGAUGAUGCAUAUGGGAAGGGUCAGUACACGUCUAAGAUUUAUCGUUUGCAGAGCAAAGCACCUGCUUGGCUUGCAGCUCUUGCCCCCAAAGAUGCUCUCAUAAUGCUAGAGGAAGCAUGGAAUGCAUACCCGAGAUGUAAAACAGGUUUGCAAUGCCCUUAUUGUGAAUCAUUUGGUUUUCAUAUUAAGUUUCUUGUGGAAGUGGAAUUAAUAUUUAUUUUUCUCUUUUGUUUUGCAAAUCUAUUUCAAAUAACUCAGUAAUCAAGGUAAUUAUUUUUGUUCCCAACUAUGAUUUGUUAUUUUAUGGGCUAACUUGGCUACCCUUUCAUCUUACCUACAGUAGCAUUCUCAUUGUUUUUGCUUUUGCGUUUUCACUGUCCUGCAGUGCCCCUAUUUUUCAAAAUUUCGUCUUACAAUUGAAACUGUUCAUAGAGCUGACAGAGGUCACUCAGAAAACGUACAUUGCCUAAGCAAAGAACAACUAGCAGCUAGACAGGUUGAAACCAUUGAUAUAGCUUCAGCUGCGAGAGAUUACUGGAGUCAUGCCAUUGGAAGUAGCACUUUAGACUUAUCCAAGUUCAAAUCAACAAAAACUGCCCGUGGUCCUCUUUCAAAGGGAUGGCAGAAUCCUCAUGCUUCAAAUUGAUACAAUCUACGGUUUUCAAGCAGCUCAGUAAUGCUGUUUGACUCCCCCUAAUGGCUGCUUCCUGAGUCCAGUUCUUUUGCAGCUUUCAUUCUUGAGAAACAAAUUUAUUCCCCUAUCACUCCUUUUGUUUUAACCUGAACUUCUACCCUCCGAACUCCACCCUCAACCUCUCUCCCCCUCCACAGCUCUACCCCACCCCAACCCAACUCUGUCUUGCUCCUGUAGUGCAAAUCCAGUUCCUCUAGAUUCCAGUUUGAUGAAGGCUCAAAUACAUCUCUGUGCCCCCCCUUCUAAUUCUUCCACGCUAGUUUGUCUGGUUUCUGACUUUACUUCAUAAUUUGCAAAAGUAUAUAGAAACAGUUGCUGCCCUCUUCUGGUGGUCAUCAUGGAUGGUGGAACCUAGUAGUACUGAAGUUUCUAGUGUUUCAAAUUUGAAUGGAUCUGGUAUCUUGGAAAACAAUUUGUUUGUUUCCUCUUAUAAUCUCAUGUAAAUUUAGUUUGAUCUGUUUCAUAUGACACAAUGCUUGCAGGACAGGUGUAAUCCCGUCAUGACAGCAUAUAAAUUGGUCACGGUAGAUGCUCCAUACUGGGGCUUUGGCUAUCGACUUGAGCAAGCUUUGAUAGCGGGUGAAAGGGCUCUCUUUUUAGAAAGCCACCGGAAUUGUUUUGGUUGGAUUGAUGAAUGGUUUGGGAUGACAGUGCAACAACUACAUGAACUUGAAAGUGAAAGUGAUUGCUCAGCAGAUGAGAAGAUUAUGACCAAAGAAUUUGCAGCCAAGUGGGCUAAAAUUGAUUCAAAGCAACGUGGACUUGCUGUUGACUGUUGACCGGUAGCACAAUCAAAACUAGAGCCAGAC